UUAUUUGUCAAAUUGAAUUGACAUUUCAACUGCAAGCACUCGGCGCUUCCAUCAAGCUGACAGCUUGUCACAUUUUCAGCCCUCUUUCCUUCCGACAUCUUGAACUACGUGAAACACGCGUUUUUCGGGUGUAGAAAUAAUUCAACCAAGAUGAAGCUGAACAAAAAUGUUUCCUCGUCUCGCCGCAAGAGCCGUAAACGACAUUUCCAGGCCCCGUCGCACAUCCGCAGGAAGCUGAUGUCGGCGCCACUGUCCAAGGAACUGAAGCAAAAGUACACUGUCCGGUCGAUGCCAAUCCGCAAGGAUGAUGAAGUGCAGGUCGUCCGGGGACACUACAAGGGCAACCAGGUCGGUAAGGUGGUCCAGGUGUACCGUAAGAAGUUCGUCGUCUACAUUGAACGGAUUCAGCGCGAAAAGGCCAACGGAACGAACGUCUAUGUCGGUGUUCAUCCUUCCAAGUGCUUGAUCGUGAAGCUGAAGAUGGACAAGGACCGGAAGAAGAUCCUGGAUCGCCGUGCCGCUGGACGUCGCGCUGCUCUGUCCAAGGAGAAGGGCAAAUACACCGAGGAGAGCGCCGCUGCUUCCGCCAUGGAAACCAGCUCGUAAAGUUUCCCCAGGGAAAAGACCCUUUGGCCACCACCUACAAAGGAACUGGGACAGUUCGUUUCAUUCGUACAAAGGAAAUGAACCGUCAAAGACUGUUUGUUGCAUACAGUUGUGGAAGUGUAAACAAUAAAAUACCGAAUAAAUUGUAAGAGAGGAAAAAUACUUGGAA